AUGUUGACGUUAUCGAAGAAUGUAUUCAGACAUCGACGAUUUCGUACGCCGCUUGAGAACGCAUUUGUGGCAAUAACAAAGGAUGCAUCAUCGGCCUAUUAUCAUGUGAUGAGUCAGGGAACAGCUGAUUUGAUGCUCAGUGCAUGCGCUCAUGUUUGGUGCGAUAAUGCACUGGAACCGUUCACCGAAAGCUUGCAUAAGCGAGUGCUCGAUUUCUAUCAAAGGAACACUAUGACUGGGUUUUGUCUAGUUUUGGGUUACCGAACACUGGGUUGCACCGUUUCGGACGUCCUCAGCGAGAGGUUCAUUGACAUCCCAUUACCGGAAAAAGUUGAAGCUUUCAAUGAGAAUCGCUCAUUGCCAAGAUCAGUUAGUCUGGAUAUUGAAUGUUUGAAAACGUUCUAUCGUCAAAAACCGAUACAAACUGCGUAUGAAUGCUGCGAAGAAGUAAUGCAUGGACAGACAUUGUGUGGCUUGGUCGUCUUCCAGCAUCAAUUAAGGGCAGCAGUGCUUAGCUAA